AUGCACCGGUUUCGCAACAAGGUGUUUCUGGUUACCGGCGACUCCUUCGCGACGAACUUCGACGCCUCGUUCCGCUGCCUCAUCGGCUCAUACACCAAAACCAAGGGCGAGGUAUCGAGUGCAGGGGUGUGGCAAGUGGAAUUAGACAAAGUGGACGACAACUGGGCCAAGCUCUUGCCCUUCACCCACUAUGCGCUCUUCAGCUCCGGUCACUGGUUCAGCCAGGCGUCCGACAACCUCCGGAAAUACCGCCGCGGAGGGCAGCCGAUCAAGCCGCAAUCCGCGCUGCUAACCAUGCAAGAGUCGCUCGUUACACUCACGCGGUUCGUGAAGGCGUCUGGUUACCGCGGCACGCCGUUCUUCAUCUCGUUCACGGCCUUCCACUACUACAACUCGUUUGACGCCAAGUCGCAGAGCUGCGUGGGGUUCACCGACCCCUUAAAGCCCAAGCAGCUGCAAUACGCCGAAGCCGCGACCGAUAUCAUCACGUCACGGAAUGCACAGGUGGCGGUGAGUGAAGGGGGGGUGCAGGGGGCUAUGCGGAUCCUACGAAAGGCACCGGAGUUUAAAAUCGUGGACGUGGCUCGAUCCACCCUCUCUCGCCCAGACUCACAUCAACAGUUGGCAACAGGAACGGGCAACCCCGACUGCUCCCACUUCUGCGUCCCCGGGGUGCCAGAUUCAUGGGUGGACAUCGUCAAUUCGUAUAUGAUCGGCACGAUUUGA